AUCAGUAGAAGCAACACAGAGUACAUGUGUGUGAAUGACAGCGAGAACAGUGUUACAGAGAGGAUGCAAGAAGCAGAAAUAGUGAUGAUUAUUAAUUUAAAUGCCUGGGUCAACCAUCCAAAGUAGCAGGCAGAGCACAACAGAAGUGCAGGGUGUCAGGGUGUGAUCUGUGGUACAAGCAAGAGUGAAAGGGAAGGUUUACAAGAGGGUAUUGAGACCUGCUGCGAUGCAUGGUGUGGAGAUGAAGGCACCGAGGUGGAGGUAACAGAGCUGAUGAUGAUUUUAUUGGGAGUGACCAAGUGGCAAGGCUGAGAUGGUUUGGAUGUUGAAUGUGGAGCUGAGAAGAGAAAGACCUUGGAGGAAGUUCAUGGAUGUAGAGAAGGAGGAUCUGCUGUGGCGACCCUUAAAGAGAGUGACCGAAAGAGGAAGAAGAAAUGAAGAACUGUGAAGUCAAAUGACGUUUUUCUCUCUUUCAUUUAACAUUUUGAAAACAGUAUUUGUACUGAGCUCACAUCUUACAUAGCUUGUCUUUAAGGAUAUUUAUUAUUAUGCUUAUUGAAACCAGUUGUAGCAACUCACUGCUGAACAGGCUUCUCUGUCCUGAAACCCUCCUUCUGUGGAAGCUGUGUUGAAUCAGGUGUUCACAUUGUCCAGCGGAUGUACGGCUGCGAAUGGGACGAUGAGACGAAUGAGGUGGACGGAUAUGAGCAGUUUGGUUAUGAUGGAGAAGACUUCAUAAUAUUUGACCUGCAGACAGAGACGUGGGUCGCUCCUAAACAACAGGCUGUGGUGACCAAACACAAGUGGGACAGUAACAAAGCUUUUAUAACCAGUGUGAAGAACUAUUACACUCAGAUUUGUCCUGAGUGGCUGAAGAAGUAUCUGAACUAUGGGAGGAGCUCUUUAAUGAGAACAGUUCUUCCCUCAGUGUCUCUCCUCCAGAAGUCUUCCUCCUCUGCCAUCAGCUGC